UAGAAACUGAACAUGGCGGCGUCCAGUGAAUACAUCGCGUGUUAGAGAGUGUGAUCCACUGUGUUUAAACUAAAGUAUAUAUAAAUAUAUAGAAGUUUAUAGAAAUAUAUAAAUACAGCAGCUCUCUCUCUCUCUCUCUCUCUCUACCCGAGAUCAUGAAGACCUUCUGCGGGCGCGCGAAUCCCACUACCGGCGGGCUGGACUGGGUGGAGGAGAGCGAGGAGUACGACUAUCAUCAGGAGAUCGCGAGGUCUUGUUAUGCUGAUAUGCUGCACGACAGAGACAGGAAUGAAAAAUACUACCAGGGCAUUCGAGCAGCAGUCAGCCGGGUGAAGGCUCGAGGAGAACGGGUCGUAGUCCUGGACAUCGGCACAGGAACAGGCCUUCUGUCCAUGAUGGCUGUUACUGCAGGAGCAGACUUCUGUUAUGGCAUAGAGGUGUUUAAGCCAAUGGCCAAGGCUGCUGCAAGCAUUGUGCAGAAAAACGGCUUCUCAGACAAGAUCAAGGUCAUCAAUAAGCACUCGACAGAGGUGACUGUAGGACCAGAUGGAGAUAUGCAGGAGAGAGCAAAUAUACUGGUGACAGAACUGUUUGAUACAGAGCUGAUCGGAGAAGGGGCGUUACCCAGCUAUGAACACGCCCAUUUACACCUGAUGCAGGAAGGCUGUGAGGCUGUUCCCCACCGGGCCACCAUUUAUGCUCAGGUGGUGGAAUCGGAGCAUCUGUGGAGCUGGGCACAGAUCCGCCCGGUUCAGGUGGACGACCGGACGCUGCACCCUCCUGCUGCGAUGAAACAGUGUGCUGGAACACCUUCAGUGUGUGAUAUCCAGCUCAGCCAGGUUCCCCCCAGCGCAUUCACACCGAUCGGACCCCUCUGCACCAUGUUCAGUGUGGACUUCAGUAGGAUGGUCAGCAGCGCUCCCUGCUCAUACUCCUGCAAGUUUACAGUGCAGGCAGGUGGAAGAGCUCAGGUGGUUUUGUCCUGGUGGGAUCUGGACAUGGACCCCAGUGGCAGUAUUGUCUGCUCUAUGGCCCCCAAAUGGACUUACUCAGAGCCCCGAGAAUAUCCGUGGAGGGAUCACUGGAUGCAGAGUGUGUAUUUCCUCCCUACUGAGAGGAAUGUGUGUGAGGGAGAAAAGCUGAGCUUGACCGUCUUCCAUGACGACUACAGCCUGUGGUACAACCUCGAUGAACGUCACCAAAUCAGUGCUGAUAUAAGCUCCACUAGACCAUGCUGUACCUGCCAGACUCACCUGGUGUGGACACGGCCACGCUUCGGAGAGCUAAACGACUGGCAGAGGACAGACAGUUACCUCAGUGCUCUCCGCAGUGUUCUGAGGCCUGACAGCGUGUGUUUAUCAGUUAGUGAUGGAAGUCUUCUGCCCAUUUUUGCACACAUGCUCGGAGCUAAAAAGGUGUUCAGUUUGGAAAACUCUGGAAUGACAAAGCAAGUGAUUGAGCAGUUUCUAGAGGCGAACUCGAUUAAGAACGGGGUCCGACUGCUGGCGAUCCGGGCAGAACAACUCACAGCAGCUGACCUGGAGGAAGAGCGGAUAUCUGUGCUGAUUGGUGAGCCCUAUUUCAGCACCAGUCUGUUGCCAUGGCACUCUCUGUUUUUCUGGUACUGCCGCACAGCACUGGCCCGCCUCCUUCGGCCUGGUGCCAUCAUCCUGCCCUCUUCUGCCACGCUGUACCUCCUCGCUGUGGAGUUCCAGGACUUAUGGAGAAUACGGGCUCCCUGUGGGACCUGCGAAGGCUUUGAUGUCAGUCCGAUGGAUGAGAUGGUGCAGCAAUCCCUGGAUUUCCGAGAGUCUCGAGAAGCCGAGCCACAUCAUCUGUGGGAGUAUCCGUGUCGGGCCCUAACCAAACCACACCCAGUGAUGACAUUUGAUUUCCAACAGUGUGUUCCCGCGCAGCCAAUCAGCAGUCAGGGAACUUUACCACUAACUGGGAGUGGGCGCUGUCAUGGGUUUGCUUUGUGGAUGGAGUACAACUUGACUGAGGACAUCACAGUCAGCAUGGGCCUGACUAAACCUGUUGGCGAGGAGGGGGAGUGUGUGUGGAGUCCACAUCGAAAACAGGGAGUGUACUUCUUACAGACGCCAUCGGAAAGUUCAGGAGAUGGACGGACAUCUAUGCAAUACAACCUGACCUUUGAACCCAACACUGGUGACAUUAAAAUGGACUUUUCCGUCAUCCAGCCUUGAUCAUGUGUUGUUAGAACUAAAAUGAACUGUAUUGGACAGCAGGGAGGUAAAGUAUUUAAAUCCAAAGAAAUACAUUAGCUGCUUCAUCCUUAAAAAAAUACCCUUUAGUACUGCAGUAUAUUCAUUCACUAGUGUUUUAGUGAGUGUCAUUGACUAGUGAAAUUACGAGAAUUUAAGCUUCAUUGUGAAUAGAAAUUUGAAUUUCACUAAUCAAUGUAAUUAGUCAAUGUAAUAUAAUACAGUCAAUGUAAUAUAGUCAAUGUAAUAUAAUACAGGAAAUUUGUCAAUUUCCUGUAUUAUAUUACAUUGACUAGUGAAAUUACGAGAAUUUAAGCUUCAUUGUGAAUAGAAAUUUGAAUUUGGACCAUUUUUUUAUUGAUACCUCAAAAUAAUUAAAGUUGUUUUGAAUGUUUACAAA